UCACCCUCCACUCCUUGAAGUCUAGCCAUGUGGGUGGGAGGCUGGAGCAGCCAGUGAGGACACUCAGCACAAUGUGGGCAACCGGACAAGAUGGAUUUGAAUAUAUAAAGAACCUGCCUUCCUUCCUUCAUGUUCCAAGCAAAUGUUCCAGGUAUUUAAGCCACAUGCUGGGGAGGAUUAUAAAUAUCCAAGGGAAACAGAGACCAUCUGGAGUCAUCCCUACAUUGUGGAGGGGUACCCCAAGAACCCUUUGGAGAGGAGAAAGAGAAAGCACGGGCUCUACUCCCUGCCAGCUGAGAUCCCCACCAAUAAGAGCAGUUCUCCAGGAACAAGCAUGAAACCCUCCAGAAAAACCCACCAUUGUCCCACUUCAUCUCCUCAGGCUACAAAACAACGGCAAAGGCGCUUUGAGACGGCCCUUUCUGAUUAGUCCUUUAAGGGAAAACCUUUCCUCAGCAGGAAAUGACGUUCCAGAGGCUGCUGGACAGAAACAUGGAAACAACUAUAAUCCAACUGCCCCUGAGUAAGCCACGCAGUCCCGCAACACAGCAUGUUCCUCAGUUUCUCAUGUCCCCCCAUCUCUGAGGCCACUCCAGGAUACCCCACCAAAAGCCUGCGGGAACACCUCCCAGGGCCCCUUUCCAGCCCAUUCCAGAUCUCAUCCUGGGCUUUGGGAGCCUUCAGCUGUUUCCAAGAGUUAACUAAACAUCAAUUUAAUUACACUGCUGGG